AUGAUAUCGCUCAAUCGCACUAGAGCCAGCGUCGCAAACACGGCCGGAACAAACGUGGUGAGGUGCAAGUACCACGGCCGUCGUCCGGAGGCCAGAAUCGCCAAUAUGAACAGCAACCACGAUGCCACCGCCACCGAGCACAUCACAAAGUUGAUAAUCAGCACCGAGUCCAUGAAACUGUCUCUUGUGGACGGCAGAAUUGUAUCACUGAAGAAUUGUCCGUUAGACUGCAAAUACUUGUGGAGUCCUUCCAAAUCAGAAACGUUGGCAAAAUAG